AUGUUAAAUUUUAUGCAAAAAACAUCCCUUUUUUCUUCAAUGAUUUUUUCUCCUCCUCAAUUUUGCACCUCAUUCUGGGGGAUAAAAAUUUUUAAUCGGCAGGGACAAAUAUGUUUCUAUUGUAUCCCAACUUUCUUGUCUUAA